CGCAGCGUGAGGCCGAGACUCCACUCGUCUCCGCCCGCCAUCAACUUACAAAAGGAUCAAAAAUGGCGCUCGAAAUCGGCGACUCCCAGAUCGAGCGCAACCAAAAUUUGGCAGCUGGAGCAAAUCUGAAGCGGAAGCGGGAACAUCGAAAGGACAAGACCGAUAACAACGCUGAUCGUAAAGAGAAGAAAAAGAAGAAGAAAGAAAUCAACGGAGAACGUAACGGACACGGCGACACUAAUGUAACAGUCGACGAAGACAAUAAUAAGACGAAGAAACGAGAAAAGAAAGAAGGGCACACAAAAAACGAAAAUACAUCGCUCGGAGAUUCGCAACAGGACGGUAUAGCUGAGGAAGGCAAAAAGAAGAAGAAGAAGAAGAAACGAAACGGCGAAAAGAUACGCGAACACGAGGAUAAUGUGCCGAAUACUGACGAGCAAGACGUGGAGCCGGACAAGAAGAAGAGGAAACGAGAGCGAAAGAGACAACGUGAGGCGAACGAAAAUGCCUUGGAGGAGGAUGCUCAGCAGGCGGAUGCCGAGAUGGAGCAAACGGAAGAAACGAACGGAGCUGUGGAAACCACUAGUGUGAAGAGUAGCAAGAAGAAAAAGAGGAGAGAUCAACAAGAGGCUCACCGUACUAGUACUACAACAGAUGCCACGUCGUCGAGGUCAAGCACCUCCGUUUCCUGCGCAGAGGUAUCAGAGUAUCUGGCGAAACACGGUGUCACCAUUGAUUGUGGUUCUGGCUCCCUUCCUAGCAACUUAACCCCAAUUUUGUCCUUUUCGUCUCUUCUACCUCAUCUGCCCGAGCCCCUGCACAAUGCAUUCGAUUCUUUCAAAGAACCUACACCUAUCCAAGCUUGCUCAUGGCCAGCUAGUCUAGACGGAAGAGAUGUAGUAGGGAUCGCUGAGACUGGGAGUGGAAAGACCCUCGCAUUCGGCGUACCCGCCAUCGCUCACAUGGCGAGACACCAGAACGACCUUCCCCCGUCCUCCAAAAAGUCAAAAUCAAAACAUGGCAACAAGAAAUCUCAGGCUCAAGUCCUUGUAGUCGCACCAACCCGUGAGCUAGCUCUCCAAACACACGAGACGUUCACGGAACUCGGAAAACCAUUUGGGUUGACGAGUGUUGCUGUUUAUGGAGGUGUGGAUAAAGAUCCUCAGCGUCGAGCCUUGUCGCAAGUGGGCGCAGCUAUGGUUGUAGGAACUCCCGGGCGGAUAUUGGAUUUGGUUAAUGAAGGGGCGUGUGACUUGAGUGGGGUCACUUAUCUCGUUCUCGACGAAGCGGAUCGCAUGCUCGAUAAAGGAUUCGAGAAUGAUAUCCGUGCAAUUAUCGCGCAAUGCGCGCCCUCUAAACAAAGACAAACGCUCAUGUUUAGUGCCACUUGGCCUGAUGCAGUGAGGAGACUAGCAUCGACUUUCCAACGUAACCCUGUGCGCAUAACCGUUGGGAGCGAUGACCUUACUGCGAAUCGCAGAGUUGAGCAAGUUGUGGAGGUUUUCGACGAUCAAUACGAAAAAGACUCCCGCCUCCUUUCCCAUCUCCAAAAACUCAAACCUCAAAACGGCCGCUCUAACACCCAAUCCCAUUCUCAACCUCAAGACGACACCCGCAUCCUCGUCUUCGUACUCUAUAAAAAAGAAGCAACCCGCGUCGAACAGACUCUCCUCCGACACAAGUUCAGCGUAAGCAGUAUCCACGGCGACCUCUCGCAAUCCGCUCGAAUCUCUGCUCUGGAGAACUUCAAAAAGGGUGAGACGCAGAUAUUAGUUGCUACAGACGUCGCAGCGCGUGGAUUGGAUAUACCGAGUGUUGGGCUUGUGUUGAAUUAUAGUUUUCCGUUGACUGUUGAGGAUUAUGUGCACCGGAUUGGGAGGACUGGACGAGGAGGCCGAAGUGGCAAGUCAAUCACGUUCUUCACAGGGGAUAAUCACGAGAAAGCUCUCGCGGGAGAGCUUGCCAAAGUCAUGCGAGAAGGAGGCUUCGACGCGAGUCCGCUGAAGAAGUUCCCGAUGACGAUUAAGAAGAAGGAACAUGGUGUUUAUGGAGCGUUUUAUAGAGAUGAUAUCCCUGCUAGUGCAACGCCUACGCACAUGAAGUUUUGAUAUUGCUGGGCAAUUUUCCUGUCUUCUUUGUAGAUUGCUACCAUUAUCAUCUAGACAUAGAUGUCGGGCUUAAGUAGACCCUAGACUCCUCUAGAUUGUAGAUGUCUCAUUGAUGGAUAGAUUGUACUUUUUUGUUUCCAUUGGCUCGAUGGAAUUUAGGAGUAACAACAUUAAUUUGU